AAGGCCGUCUGUUGUGCUGACAAUUUGUCGGUUAUCCCAACACCCAACGGUUUACCUUUUAGAGAGAAGGUUCUUAAGAGUCUACGGAUGAUACCCAGUCCGCUUUGUUUACGCACCACAUUUGUUCUUCGCGCGCAACUCGCACCUGAGUCAGAGCAGCUUCCCAAUGCCACCGUUGUACCAAUCCUUAUCUUGCGACCCUCAAGCCAUGAGCUCCAGCUUAAAUAGCGUCCUCUUUCGGAGAUCAGCAUUCGAUCCUGUGAGAUCGCAAUGGCAGAACCCAAAUGAUAUCCUUUCCAUCCUCAUGAUCAUUGGCGGGGAAAUCGUCCAACGGGCAGUUGCACAAUUAGCCGGUCAUCCCUCCUGUUUUACGCCCGUAGCAUUCUCGUUCGGUUGGGUUGGAUAUUCGCUGAACGCCGUUCUCUUAGCAAUCGGGGAAGGGAGUCUUAUGCCUGAUCCCGAUUGCAGCUGCAUUCUUGUGAAUGCAAAAAGUGGAUACGCUAGAAGAAACGACUCGUGGGUCUUAGGUCGCCUCAUUCGAGACCAUUCAGCUCGUUCGCCGGACCAUGCCCUCACUAUAUCACUUUUCAAGACCGACAUCACGAAGCGUCCGGGGGUACCCACUUGUGAUUGGGUGUAUUAUACCGGAAUCGCCACCAUGAUAAUUCAACUAGGUAUCGCUGUCAUACCCGGCGCUGUCGACCACGACUGGAAUACACUUAUUAUCACUGUCGGAGGCACAGUCCUGGCAUUAUUGGGUGGCGCAUUACCUCAGUGGAGGAAUGAGAAAUGGGUAUGCCGCAGGCUGAGACCAGGCGACAAAGAGGUUGUUUGUAUCACAAGAGGCAAUGGUUUCAAGGAUGUCGUUGUCAUCGUCAGCGAAGGCGAAGGCCAAUUACGACUCGAGGAUCUUGCCGCUCCACGCCACCCCCACCCACGCUUCAUUGUUAUUGUGACCUCCGUCUUAUUCGUAUUGUGGAUAGCACUCCUGUUGACGGUUGCGGGCCUACAGAACCAUGCCUGGUACAUGUUCGCCAUUGGAAGUCUGGGCAUGCUUCAAAACGGCCUUGCAGCAGGCCUGCGCAGGUCACCGUCUUCAUCAGGGAUUCACCUCAUACCUCUCACAGACAACAAUGUUGUACAUGACACGAAAGUUUUUAGCACUCUUGUAAAGGCGGAGAAGAUUGAGAGGCACGUUGGGCUGUCGCUUUUGCCCGUGUUUUUCCCCGGCGGGUUAAGAAGAAACGAAAAACGGUGGAGAGACAAAAGACUUGCAGAGUAUGCGAAGCCGGAUAGUGAGAAAAUCAAAACGGAUGAUAAGCCGGAUCGUGGGGCAGCCGCAGAGCAUGAGAUGCUGUAUUGCGAGGGCAUUGCAGAGCUCGAUGGCAGGGAAGUUGUAGAGCAUGAGACGGCGCAUAACGAGGAAAAUACAAAGCUGCACAGCCGAGAGGUCGCAGAACACAAGGGUUUGGAUAGCCAGGAAGGCACGGCGGAUGAAACGAAGGGUGGCGAGGGACAACCAGAAACUGGGAUGCCGGAUAACACGGAACACGAGAAAUUAAACAGCGAAGACAUCCCAGCACAUGAGAAUCCAGAUAGACAGGAAAUCACUGAGCGUGCUCAGCCAGGUGGCAACUCGGGGAGUGACAAAGGGUCGCAGGCUGCUAGUACGCUUGUGUCCGACAGCCCUCCCAGAUCAACUCGGGCACCUACGCCUGAGCUCACUUCAGCACCUUCAGCACGGGACGAGUCCCCGGUGGUUCCAUGAUUUCAGCGAGGAUGUUGCGACUAUCCAUACCCCUUCCUCAUUCCUUGCAAAUGAUACCCAUCAACACCGGAAUUAUUCAAUUUUUAGUUCAAGUUAUCCAUGGACAUCAAUUGUCCUUUCGAUCGUCAUAUUUUGUUCCAGGGCUCGCGUUUACCUGGAGAUCGUUUUACCAGGCAGGCUUACACGUCGUUAGACUUAGAAUCAACAGAGGUUGUAAACAACAUUGGCAAUGACGUCUAAGUGGGUUACUGUUUCGAUUUGUUCGUUGUGCAUUCAGGAGGUAGUACCAAAUAAUAAUGAUUCCAAAUAUCAUUAUGAUCCUGGUCACCCCG